AUGGCUUUUACGGAUCCAUUAUCCAGCUCAGAGAAGCCUGAACCAACAGGUGCUACUAGCCGGCCUUCGUCAAUCAUCACCCAACACAAAGAACCCGAUGAUAAAUUUACGCUGGGAUGGCGAGGCCGACUGGCCUUCUUUACUUUGGCGGUGCUUGCACUAAUGUCUGCCUUGGAUGGGACUUCCCUUUCGGUGGCUCUGCCAACUAUUUCGCAGGCCCUUCAUGGAACUGCAAUCGAAGCCUUUUGGAGUGGAACGUCCUUCUUGCUUUCUUCAACAGUAUUCCAACCAAGCUUUGCAUCUUUAUCCAAUAUUUUCGGUCGCCGUCCGAUGAUAUUAAUCGCAAUUUUGUUCUUCUGCAUUGGAGCGAUUGUUGCCGCAGUUGGUCACAAUUUCACUUACAUGCUCGUCGGGCGAACAAUACAAGGUGUUGGAGGUGGUGGCAUUAUUGCCCUGAGUGAGGUGAUCAUCACCGACUUGGUACCCCUUCGAUACAGAGGCCAGUACUUCGGAAUUAUGAGUGCAAUGUGGAGUCUGGGAUCUGUGACAGGCCCUAUCCUCGGGGGUGGAUUUGCUGAGAAUGUGACUUGGCGGUGGAUUUUCUAUAUCAAUUUUCCAUUUGUCGUCGUCGGAGCCGUGUUUGUGGUUCUCUUCUUGAAUCUCACCAUCGUCCCAAGCUCGCUGGCAGAGAAGCUUCGUCACAUCGAUUAUGUCGGAACAAUCAUUUUCGUCGGCAGUCUAUCCUCUUUCUUGAUCCCUCUCACUUGGGGCGGAGUUUCAUAUGCUUGGGACUCAUGGCAUACUCUGGUGCCUUUGAUCAUUGGUGCUGUUGGACUACUCGCCUUCGCAUUUUACGAAUAUCGUUUCGCCACUGAUCCCAUUAUUCCCCCAGCAAUAUUCCAGAACCGCACUGCCACCGCCUCAUUCAUUGGUAGUGUCCUCCAGGGUCUGAUUUUAUGGUGCGCCCUCUACUAUCUACCUUUAUACUACGAAGCUGUGAAGGAAUACAGCCCGAUUAUGUCUGGAGUCGCGGUCUUCCCCGAGACAUUCACAGUUGCCCCGAGCGGAGUGGUUGCUGGUAUAUUGAUCACGGUCACCGGUCACUAUCGUUGGGCGAUUUGGCUUGGUUGGGUCAUUUCUACUAUUGGUCUCGGUCUGAUGUGUCUUAUGAAGCCCACCACUAGCAUUGCGGGCUGGAUUCUGCUCAACGUCGUUGCGGGUCUCGGGCUUGGCAUCCUGUUUCCAUCGCUGGGAUAUGCUGUGCAGGCAUCAGCCAAGCCUGAGAACCUUUCGAUUGCAGUCGCAAUGUUCAGUUUCUUCCGUGCGUUGGGACAAGCAAUCGGCGUCGCUGUGGGUGGUGUUGUGUUCCAGAACCGCAUGUACACGAAUUUGCUCAAGUACCCGGCGCUUGCCCCCAUGGCCAGCGCAUACAGCCAGGACGCCUCGGGCCUAGUUCAAAUCAUCAAGGGCAUGGCUGAUGGGGCGAACAAGACACACCUGAAAGAGGCUUACACAGAUAGUCUGCGCAUUGUGUGGGCAGUUUGUUGCGCAAUCUCCGGGGUGGCUCUCCUCGUCAGUUUGCUGACUCAAUCAUAUGAUCUUAAUCAAGCGUUGGAAACCAAACAGGGACUUCGUGAAGAGGAGCCGACAGAGAAAGACAUCGAGGCUUCCGUUGAUCGACAAGUUCAACAGACUACUCCAUGGGCGUAUUGA